AUGAAUUUUCUUUAAAUUAUCACAAAUGCAAUAAAAACUAUUCAAAAAUUGUUAAUAAUCAAGAAAUCAAUUAAAUAUGUGAUUACAUCAUUGACAAUAUUUAUUUACAAGAUUAUUUAGAAAAAGUUAUUCUUUAUUAUAUACAAGCAUUAACUUUAAUUAUCUUAGAUAGAGCAAUUAUUAAAAUAAUCUAUUUUUAAAAAAACAUUAUUCAAAUCAAUAAACAUGAUUAAAUCUUUAAUAUUUUAUUGA